CUAGUUAUUGAUUUCUUCUAGCUAUCUUUCAAGAAAGAAAAAAAAAAAAAGAUAAUGGCGAAAAAUGUAGCUCAGUCUUCCCUGGAAAGAAACGGGUAUGCCCCACUAGAUCAGAGACUAGCCAUGGCAAAACAAUGUUCUUAUGAGGGCGUGAUGGCUGGGGCAAAGGCAGCUGUUGUUGCAGGAAUCGCAACUGCAGUUCCUACAAUUGCCAGCGCAAGAAUGCUGCCAUGGGCCAGAGCUAACCUAAAUCACACUGCGCAGGCUCUCAUCAUCUCCACUGUGGCAGGUGCUGCCUACUUCAUAGUUGCAGACAAGACUGUUUUGGCAUCUGCAAGAAAGAACUCCUUCAAGUCCAACAUGGAAGCUUAACCUCUCUAC